UAUGAGUUAACGUAUAGGUUGGAUGGGAGGACAGUGAGUUCUGAGAGGCAGAAGCUUGUUGAGAGAUUUAAUGAGCCUUUGAAUAAGAGGGUAAAGUGCACUCUGAUUUCAACUAGAGCUGGCUCGUUGGGUAUAAAUCUUCAAGCAGCUAAUCGUGUUGUUAUAGUUGAUGGUUCUUGGAAUCCAACAUAUGAUCUCCAGGCUAUCUAUCGAUCAUGGAGGUAUGGGCAGACAAAGCCUGUAUUUGCUUAUCGAUUGCUAGCUCAUGGAACUAUGGAAGAGAAGAUAUACAAGCGCCAGGUCACAAAGGAGGGGCUUGCUGCUAGGGUGGUUGAUAGGCAGCAGGUGCAUAGGACCAUUUCUAAAGAAGAAAUGCUGCAUCUCUUUGAAUUUGGUGAUGAUGACAACCCUGAGACUUUAGGCGAUCUAGGUCAAGAAAACGAGCACCAAGAAAACCCAAUUUCGGUUGGGCAUUCUCUGAAACACACAGCACCACAUUCAAAUGGAAGUAGUUAUUCUGAUAAGUUGAUGGAAAGCUUACUUAGCAAGCAUCAUCCGUGGUGGAUUGCCAAUUAUCAUGAACAUGAAUCCCUGUUGCAAGAAAAUGAAGAGGAAAAACUAUCAAAAGAGGAGCAAGAUAUGGCUUGGGAGGUUUACCGAAAAUCCCUGGAAUGGGAAGAAGUCCAGAGAGUACCACUAGGUGAGUCUAUUGUGCCUAUUCAGAAACCAGAAAUUCCAAAUGACGUGCCCCUCGUAUCAGAAACCUGUAACAUCUUGCCAAGUAAACUAAGCCGACGUUUCGCAUCACGGAAAUGCACAAACCUUGCGCACAUGUUGACACUUCGAAGCCAGGGAACAAAAUUCGGUUGCAGUACUAUCUGUGGGGAAUGUGCCCAGGAGAUUAGGUGGGAAGACUUGAAGAAGAGAUAGGAAUGUGGCAACAUGAAGGAUGACAUAAUCUAAUCUGUUCAUAUAUAUAUAUAUAUAAAUCUUUUUUUUAUCGUAAAUGGUUAUGUCCCCAUAUUUAAAUCAUUUCUGGAUGAACAUGUUCCUCCCAAAAAAUGAAAUAGAAAUGUUUAUUUUGUUGCCGUGAGCAUUUAAUGGCUUUUCUAUGUGGAAAAUAGUAUCGUGUUUUAUCAAGCU